AUGUCUUGGUUUAAGAAGUCUAGCACAAUGGCCACUCCACCCGAUGAACUCCUGUCCAAACAAGAGCCUCAGAAUCAGGAGUCAUUGCAAUCAUUUGUUGCCCAAAAACCAUUAGCCAUGUACACCAUCGACGGACAGAAAGGUUCCAAUGAAUCGCUGAUAUGUAGAAGCAAUGAAACAGGUGGCCAGUCCUGUAUAAAAUUAGGGUUCAACUGUGUUGAACUGUUCAAGAAAAUGCAGAAAUUUGAUUAUUUCUGCUCUUUGCCGGACAAUGUCAAUGCCACUUAUUUUGAAUGUCGAAAGAUUCAAUAG